AUGUCAUUGUCUUGCUCCGACUGCCUUUCUGAUUUUCUCUGCGAAGAGGACUCGACUUCAGUUUUCUCCGGAGUGGGCGAUUACUUGCCGGAAUAUUCGUCGGACGUCGAAUCUCGUCCGCUGGACUUCGAGGACUCCAUCGCCGGACUCUUAGCAGAUGAGAGAGAUCUCGCCGCCAGUAUUUCUCGAUCCUCUCACGAACCGAUCGACGCAUCUGCCAGAGCUCAAUCUGUUGCAUGGAUUCUCAAGGUGCAACGUUAUUACGGCUUCCAACCUCUAACGGCGUACCUCUCCGUCAACUACUUUGACCGUUUCUUGUGCUCUCAUCACUUGUCGGAUAUGAAGGGAUGGCCAUUGCAACUAUUAUCAGUUGCUUGUUUAUCAUUGGCUGCUAAGAUGGAGGAACCUCUGGUUCCUUCUCUUUUGGAUCUUCAGGUUGAAGGUGCAAAAUUUAUUUUUGAGGCCAAAAAUAUCCAGAGAAUGGAGCUUCUUGUGCUGAGGGCCCUUGAUUGGAGACUUAGAUGGAUAGCUCCAUUUUGCUACCUCAGCUUUUUCGCGCUCAAAAUUGAUCCGAGUGGGACUAAUAAUACCGGAUUUCUUUUAUCCAGGGCCAGAGAUAUCAUUCUCUCUACUAUCCAAGAGACGAGCUUGGUCGAGUAUAGGCCAUCGUGCAUAGCUGCUGCGGCCAUACUCUGUGCAGCAAAUGAUUUGCCCAAUUUUUCUUCAAUCACAGCUCAACACGCCGAGUCAUUGAGUCAUGGACUUCACAAAGACAAUAUCAUGAUAUGCUACCAUUUGAUUCGGAAGUUUGCAAUGAGAAAGAGGGCAAAGAAGCAAACAAAAGUGCUGCCACAGGUCCGAGUCAUGGCUCGGCCGAGUCUAAUCACGAGUGACUCAUCAUCAUCAUCAUCGUCAUCAUCAUCAUCAGGCUCUUCAUCCCCUUCAUCUGAUUCUAGUAAUAAAAGGAGGAAAUUAUUAAAUAACUCCUAUUGGUGGGCAGAUGAUGACAAGACAAGCUCUGAAUUCUGA